AUGCCUCGCGUACUUGUGACAGGUGGUAGCGGCUUCAUCGCCACGCAUGUUCUCGAGAUCCUCCUCGCCCGGGGUCACUCGGUUGUCACAACUGUGCGCUCCCAGCAAAAGGCCCAAGCAAUUCUGCAAUCCCACCCGGAACUGCAGACAGAUCGUCUGGACUGCACUAUCGUGGAAGAUAUUGGUCAGGCUGAUGCAUUCGACGAGGCCGUUAUCUCAGAGCCUCCAUUCGACGCUGUCAUCCAUACUGCCAGCCCAUAUCAUUUUCAUGCCAAGGAUGCAAAAGAACUACUUGACCCAGCCAUAAUUGGAACUACAGGUAUUCUCACUUCGGUGCAGAAAUAUGCUCCGUCCGUCAAGCGCGUUGUGGUGACUUCUUCUUUUGCUGCUAUCAACAAUAUCUACGCCAAGGGCAAGGGCAAAGUGUAUUCGGAGGCCGACUGGUGUCCCAUUACAGAAGAACAGGCCAACGAAAGCCCUGCCAACGCUUACCGAGCAAGCAAGACAUUCGCUGAGCGCGCCGCAUGGGAAUUUAUGGAAAGAGAAAACCCUUCAUUUGACCUAACAGUCAUCAACCCACCGCUCGUUCUAGGUCCAAUUGCCCACAGACUUGCUUCUCUUAGCGGCUUAAAUACCUCUAACCAACGAAUCCGGGACCUGAUUACCGGCGCUUGUAAAGACCGCUGUCCGCCAACUGGAAAUUACGGCUACGUCGACGUGCGCGAUCUCGCCCUUGCGCAUGUCCUAGCGAUCGAGAAGCCCGAAGCCGGUGGAAAGCGAUUUUUCACCGUGUCGAGCCACUUUUCAAACAAAGAGAUUGCAGAGAUCAUUGGGCAGGAGUUCCCCGAGUUCCUGGACCGAUUGCCUUCCGGCCAGGCUCUGACUCCAGGCGAUUACCCAGCAGAUGGAGUGUAUGGAUUCGAUAACUCACGCAGUCGAGAGAUCUUAGGAUUGAAAUUCCGAGAUCUGAAGGAGAGCGUGGUGGAUGCUGUACAUAGCUUGUUGGCUGUGGAGCCGGAAAUUGCUAAUUGA